GUUCCACUAUUAAAGGCCGACCGAUGAUGUGAUGGCUGAGCGCAGACGACAUCAUGUGACAGGGGAGUGGCUCCAAAUCAGGAAACACACACCACCGCUGCGAGUCUCAACAAAGCUUUCGCCAUGGCGUACCGCGCUGGGAUUUCGGAGGAUCCCAAUGUUUUGGUCCAGAACAUCAGCUCCAACAUCCAGAGGAUCACGCUGCUGACCUCGGAGUUGCAGAGAGCGGUAUUCCUGCUGGGGACUGACCAGGACAGCAACCAGCUCAGACAGACGCUUCAACAAAAACAACAGCAAGGCAACCAGCUGGCAAAAGACACCGACAAACUGAUGAAAGUCUUCACUUCCCUUCCUAUUGGCCCAGAUCAGCGGCAAAGGAAGCUACAGAAAGAUCGGCUGCUGAACGACUUCUCCGCUGUUCUGAACAGCUUGCAGAAGACGCAGCGGCAGGCGGCCGACAAAGAGCGGGAGUUUGUCGCUCGGGUCCGAGCCAGCUCAAGACUGUCGGGAGGUCAGCCUGACGACAGCUUUGGAAAUGCCCCUCCAAGUUACUCCCAGGUGCAAUCGCAAGCGGAGAUCAUCACUGAAGAAGACCUGAAACUGAUCCAGGAGCGGGAGUCGGCCAUCAGGCAGCUGGAGUCCGACAUCACAGACAUAAAUGACAUCUUUAAGGAUCUGGGCAUGAUGGUUCAUGAGCAGGGAGACAUGAUAGACAGUAUAGAAGCUAACGUGGAGAGUGCAGAUACCCAUAUCCAGUCUGGCCAACAGCAACUUGCAAGAGCUGCAGAAUAUCAGCGGAGCUCCAGGAAGAAGAUUUGCAUCCUGCUGAUAGUCCUGGCUGUUGCUGGUGUCGUAAUAGGACUUAUUAUUUGGGGCGCUCUCAAAAAAUAAGACCUUCCUCUUAUUGUUGAUGUUGUCAGCUGUGACAAAAUAUGAAACACAAUCCCUCUUAUCCCAAGUUGUCUGUCUGUCUUACCCUCGAACGGCCUAUUACAAAAUUUGUUUGCCUUGUUUUUGACAAAGAUGGUAGAUUUAUUGUGAAGUUUGGCCUUAAAUGAAUCAUUUGAUUUAGAUGAUGCAGUGUUGAUGUUUUUUUGUUUUGUUUUUUUAAUUGCUUCAUUUAAUAAGUGAUGCCACAACUAUUUUCCGAGUCUUUCCUUUGAAUUUAAUGAUUAUGCAGAUUAUAGGUAACGUCUUGGUAUAGUGAAUUAAUAUGGAGGUAAGUAUUGAUCAUCCUUCUCAGAGCUUCUUCCUGUCAGGGUGUAAUUGACAAUUUCAGACAAACAAAAUUCACCUAACACUUGUUAUGCUUUAAGUUAGGCAUGUGUACAGCAAUCAAAAUGAUUUAGAGAAUGCACAUUUAGCAGAUUGCGCUAUAUUUAACACAUUACAUUAAAAUUUAAAUAUAAAGCUGUCUAACAUUCCACACAAUAGAGGCGAGAUUUGUUCCUUAGGUUCUUUAUUUCCAAUCAAAAAUAGGUAUUUAAACAAGUUUUUGUUGGUCAAAUAAUGUAUAUACUGUCCAUCCUGUACAUAAUUCACCUGGUGAGGGCUGAGCAAUUCUGAGAAAUGAUGAUUUAUUAUUUUUUUUUUCCCUUCCCAUUUGUUUUUGAUUUUUUUGUAUGUGUGGUUUAUUUUAACCCACUGACAUUUGACACAAGAGGCUUCAUCCAAUUUUUGUGCACCUUUACAAAAAUUGUUUUGUUUUUCUUUUGUUUAUUUGAUCUGGUAUUCAUUUGUAAAAGAAAAUAUCCAAUUACUGUAGUUCAGUAGAAAUUGAACUGUGAUGACAGUAGAAACUGUGUGAAGACCAUUUAUUGGACUGCUACCUACUGUUUGUUGUAUCAUAUACUGUACAUGACCAAUCCCAAACUUAAGCCAAAGCCUGAGAAGGCCUGAUAUUACUGUAUAUGUACAAUCUUGUAAUGAAAGACAGACAUUAAUGCCACAGUUUCAGAAAUGUUCUAAUGCCUUUGUAAACUCUCUUUCCGAUGUAUGAUAAUAUGGAGGUUUAAGAUCUGAUUGUAAUUCUCAAUAAAUUACAGAACAAAAUGA